AUGGAGGAUGCCGUCGAGGAGAUCCUCCUCCGCGUCCCGCCGGACGAGCCCGCGCACCUCGUCCGCGCCGCCCUCGUUUGCAAAGCCUGGCGCCGCACCCUCUCCGACCGUGGCUUCCUCCGCCGCUACCGCGGGUUCCACCGGGCGCCGCCGCUCCUCGGCUACCUCCACAGCCUGUACCACGAAACCGGGCCCCCGAUCCCCGCAUUCGUUCCAACCACCGAAGCCUCCCCCAUACCGCCGCUGCCGCUCGACGGCGGCUCAUAUUGGGCGCGCGAUUGCCGCCACGGUCGCGUGCUGCUCCAGUCCUUCCACCAACCCCAGCGCCUCCUCGUCUGGGACCCGAUCACCGGCGACCGGAAGGAACUGAGCGCGCCCGCUAUCCUGCACACUACCUAUGCACAUGCCGGGGCUGUGCUGUGCACCAUAGAUGGCUGCGAUCACCUCGACUGCCGCGGUGGUCCGUUCCUCGUGGUCUUUGUGUGGGCGAACGCUUCCGACGGCGGGGAUGGUCUUGAAGAAUGGGCGACGACGUACUCUUCGGAGACCGGUGUGUGGAGGCCCUCCGUCUCCAUUGUUAUCCCUAACUUUAACCACUAUAUUGCGGGGAAGCAGCCAUGUCCUCUGAUCGGAGACGCUCUCUACUUCACCCUUCGGUAUGGAUUAAGCAUCCUCAGGUAUGACUUGGGUGGACACCGGCUUAGCGUCAUCGAGCUGCCGCCCCGAGUGUUUGGGCGCAUUGUCAUGAAGGUAGAGGAUGGAGUGAUGGGAUUAGUCGCCAUGUCGAACAACUGCAUCUACAAGUGGCUCUGGCAGGUCAAUGCUAAUGGCGGCACUGGUGGAUGGGAGAAAAACAUGGUUAUGGAGCUCAAGACACUGCUCCCAUGGCCUGCCCGGCGCACAAGGCAUCAACUGAUCGCCCAUGUGGAAGGCACGGAUACGAUUUUCAUCAGAGGAGCCCGACGCGCGGGAGUCUUCACACUCGAUCUCAAGUCAAGGAAGGUGAAGAAGGUUGGAGAAGAGGUAGACAACUAUCCUAUCUUACCUUACACGAGCUUCUAUACUCCAGAUCUUGUUAAAGGGCAGACUGUCAGCACCAUGACUCAAUGA